AUGACUGGCAGGGACCUGGAGGACGCGGACCUGCUGAUCCAGCUCGAGGCCUUCGACGAGGCCAAGGCGGAGGACGAGGAGGAGCUGCUGCAAGUGUGCGGAGGCGUCGACAUGAACAGCCACCAGGAGGUCUUCGACUGCCUGUUCCACAAGGUGAGCUGCUCCCCGGUGUCUGCCCAGCUGCUGUCGGUGCUGCAGGGCCUCCUUUACCUGGAGCCCGGCCUCCGCUCCAGCCAGCUGCUCUGGGAGGCCCUGGAGGGCCUGGUGAACCGGGCCGUGCUCCUGGCCAGCAACACCCAGGAAUGCACCCUGGAGGAGAUGGUCGAGCGGCUCGUGUCCAUCAAGGGGCGGCCCCGCCCCAGCUCCCUGGACAAGGCCCACAAGAGUGUCCAGGCUGACCUAGGCCAGAGUCGGAACAGCAGCUCCCCCCAAAACAUGGGCACCCCAAAGGCAGGUGUGGAGGGCCAGCAGCCAGCAGUGACCCUCACCGGCCUGUACACUCCACCCCUGCCAGGCUUCUCUGGCCCCCGGGCUGUGGAUUGCGUAGAGGAGGUCAUUGUGCCCCAGGUGGGUCACAGCCUGGGCUCCACCUGGGUCCCCAGCCACCGGCAGGUAAACCCACCCACACGGCGCAUGAAGAAGCUGAACUGGCAGAAGCUGCCGUCCCACGUGGCACAAGAGCACAGCUCCAUGUGGGCCUCGCUGAGCUCCCUGAGUGCCGAGGUGGUGGAGCCUGACUUCUCCAGCAUCGAGCAGCUCUUCUCCUUCCCUGUGGCCAAGCCCAAGGAGCCAGCAGCGGCCCCGCCCAGGAAGGAGCCCAAGGAGAUCACUUUCCUGGACUCCAAGAAGAGCCUGAACCUCAACAUCUUUCUGAAGCAGUUCAAGUGCUCCAACGAGGAAGUCACUGCUAUGAUCCGUGCAGGGGACACCACCAAGUUUGAUGUGGAGGUGCUCAAGCAGCUCCUCAAGCUCCUUCCUGAAAAGCACGAGAUCGAAAACCUACGUUCAUUCACGGAAGACCAAGCCAAGCUGGCCAGCGCUGACCAGUUCUACCUCCUCCUGCUGGGCAUCCCCUGCUACCAGCUGCGGGUCGAGUGCAUGCUGCUGUGUGAGGGCACCGCUGUGGUGCUGGACAUGGUGCGGCCCAAGGCCCAGCUGCUGCUCACCGCCUGCGAGAGCCUGCUCACCAGCCGCCAGCUGCCCGUCUUCUGCCAGCUGAUCCUGAGGAUCGGGAACUUCCUCAACUACGGCAGCCACACAGGGAACGCCGACGGCUUCAAGAUCAGCACGCUGCUGAAGCUCACCGAGACCAAGUCCCAGCAGAGCCGUGUGACGCUGCUGCACCACGUGCUGGAGGAGGUGGAGAAGACCCACCCAGACCUCCUGCAGCUGCCCCAGGACCUGGAGCAGCCCUCCCAGGCAGCAGGGAUCAACGUUGAGAUCAUCCACUCGGAGUCCAGCAGCAACCUGAAGAAGCUCCUGGAGAUGGAGCGGAAGGUGUCGUCCUCCGACCCCGAGGUGCAGGAGCAAUACGCCCAGCGCCUCCAGGCCAGCAUCGAGGCCUCCCAGGAGCUGGAGGAGGUGUUCAAGGACAUCGAGCAGAAGAAGCUGGAGUUGGCCAACUACCUGUGCGAGGACGCCCAGCAGCUGUCCCUGGAGGACACGUUCAGCACCAUGAAGACCUUCCGGGACCUCUUCAUCCGCGCCCUGAAGGAGAACAGGGACCGGCAGGAGCAGGCGGCCAAAGCGGAGAAGAGGAAGCGGCAGCUGGCGGAAGAAGAGGCUCAGAGGCCGCGGGGCGAGGACGGGAAGCCUGUCAGGAAAGGAGGCAAGAAACAGGAGGAGGUGUGUGUCAUCGACGCGCUGCUGGCCGACAUCAGGAAGGGCUUCCAGCUGCGGAAGACGGCCCGUGGCCGAGGGGAUGGAGAAGGGGGCAGCAGGGUGGCCGCUGCAGACCCCCCGAGGGACAAAGCACCUGUGGCCUCCAGUGACCCCGCAGGAAGCCCUGUGGGAGGCACCAGUUGCCCCGCCUCUGGGCCUGGUCUUGACAAGGUACCAGCCAAGCAGCCCCAGGACUGGGACCUCGUGGAUGCCACCCUCCCCAGCCCGAAGCCUGCUGGAGACCCGUCGGAGGAGGAGGGCCCCCAGUCCCAGGGGAGGCGGUCCUCCUGGUACGUCGAUGCCAGUGACUUCCUGUCCACGGAGGACCCCCCGAGUCCCCAGACCUCUGCAGUGGCCUGGCCAGUGGUGCUAGGGGACACUCGGGCCCUGAAGCCCCUCCAGUUUUCCAGUGACAAGCCCCCUGGGGCCCUGGGUUCGAGCCAGGACACUGAGGACCCCACAGCCCCCUGGGGCAUCUGCCAGGCCGAAGCUGACAGCACAGGAGAGGGGCUGGAGGACACAGCUGCCCACAGCCGAGGAGCCGGCCUUCCCGCCGUGGGCCCUGGAGGGGACCAAGACAAGGAAGACACGGCCCAAGAUUCCGCCCUGGACACGUCCCUGGACAGGUCCUUUGAGGAUUCGGUGACUGACUCCUCGGGAUCUGGCACCCUCCCCAGAUCCCAGGGCCGGGCCUCGAAGGGGUCAGGCAGGCGAAAGAAGAAGCGCCCAUCACGGAUCCAGGAAGGCCUCAGGCCCAAGCCCAAAGCCAAGUGACAGAGCCUGCUGGCUGGCCUCUGGGCAGCAGUGGGCCGCUGGACGUGCUGCUGACCGGGGGAGCGUCCGGGGCCAGGCUGGGACUGGGCCCUGGGACAACGGAACUCUGUGCCUUACCCAGCCAGGGACUGGCUCCGAAGCCUUCUGGGGGCAUUGUGGCCGGGUCCCCAACAGGCACCAGGCCAGCCCUCCUGGCACCCUCUGGACGGCCGCAGGCCCCCAGCCCUCGCGGUCCCUUCGCUGAAGCCCAUGGCGCCCCUGCAUGCACAUGGUGCCGCCCAGGGAAGAGUCCGGUGGCUGCAUCCCCCCGGCGCCUCUACGCUUGCACCCACUUUCCAGUGACCUGCGCCCAGAUUCUUCUGGAGACCCCUCUCCGAAGCCAUGGGAGCCAGGCAGAGCUGGAGACCCCCGAUGCCGCAGUUCUCACUCCCCAGCUCUGCCCCCAGUGUGUUCAGCUGGGCUGGAACAGAGUGAUUUUAACAAAAAUAUGAUUGUUUGAGCCCAGGCUGGUGUUGCUCAGUGGUUAGAGCAUCAGCCCACGGAC